AUGCUUUCCCCCACAUCAACUUCCCCCGUCUCCCCGGGUACAUACUCCACUCGCAACCCCCUUCUCCCCCCCGUCCCCCCCUCCUCCCACCCCGCCGCCGGCCCCGGCGCAGGGAUGCUCAAGCCCAAGCCCAAACCCCGCAAAAGAGUCAACACCGCCGAAAAGCGUUCCCAACACAACGCCAUCGAACGCGCCCGCCGCGAAACCCUAAACUCGAAAUUCAUCGUCCUCGCCCGUCUCCUCCCCUCCCUCGCCGACGCCCGCCGCCCGUCCAAGAGCGCGAUCGUCAACGGCAGUAUCAAGCACCUGGCGUAUCAGCGCGAACAGAGGUUGUUGGCGGCGAGGCUGUUGAGGGAGGUUUGGGGGGAGAGGGAGGAGUUGAUCAGGGAGGUCAAUCAGUGGAGGGGGAUGAAUGGGUAUCCCCAGAAAGAGGCGAGGGGAGUGCAAGGGGAGUGGGGGGAAGAGAUGGAAGAGGUGUUGGGGGUGGAGAAGGAGGCGUUUGGGACGUUUGCGGGGAUGGGGAUGGAGGAUGGGGAGGAGGGCGAGGAUGAGGAUAUCGCGGGGAAUGGGUUGAUCACGCCGAGAGAGUCGAUCGAUAAACUCCCCCUCGCCCCCUGGCCCGCGCCCGAGUACUACCCCAUGCCCAACUACCCUUCUUCCGCCUCCCUCACCUCCACUUUGGCUCCUGCCAACGGCAACGGCCCCUUCCUCUCUGACACUUCGGCGUCGGCGUCGGCGUCGGAGCAGUCCCCGAUGACAUACCACCACCCCGCGCUCACGCCCCCGCUGUCGGCGGUGGAGACGCAGACCAUGUACAGCCACACGCCUUCGCCAGCUUCGUCCCAUUCCCAGCGCUCGCAUUCUCUCUCUCUUUCCCACCACUCGCAGGGGCAGGGGGAGGACGUCAAGCCGUCGACACAGCAGCUCGGUGGACACCAGUCUUUCCCAGGCGUCCCAGGCGUACAGGGGGGAGGGGUACAAGGCGCACAGAUGAUGGCGCUGCAACAACAAUACUUUGUCAACCAGUCUUUGCAUGCGCAAGCCCAAGCGCACGGGCAUCCUCCCUUCCAUCCUUCGCUCUACGCCCACGGCCACGGUCACGCUCAAGGUCAAGCUCAAGCUCAAGCUCCAGGGGGGCAGGGGUACGAGUCUUUCCUGCAAGGGCAAGGGCAAGGGCAAGGACAGGACGUAUUCACGCAACAGCUUUUGGCUAGUAUCUUCCCGAGUAGCGGCGGUAUGGCGGCGGCUGCGGCCUCGCAGGGGCAAGGGGGGCAGGUUAGUAUGGUUGACCUUCAAAAGGCGGUUAGGACGGGUAUGGAACUUGGGUUUGGGAUGUCGGGGAUGGGUCAGUGGGCUGAGGCUUCCAACGCUGCCAACGCCGGCGGGUCUACUUCUCCUUCCUCUUCCAACGGCAACACCAACGCUACUGCUGUUGAAGGCUUCUAA